AUGCCAUGUGGAAGCCGAAGCCGCACCUCCCGCAUGGCCUCUCCGGCCAGCCAGGCCCCUCAGAUGAGAGCUGUGCCCAGGCCAGCACCAGCCGCUCAGCCACCAGCAGCAGCACCCCCCUCUGCAGUUGGCUGUCCUGCUGCUGUACCCCGGCAGCCAAGUCUGCUGUCCCAGAUGGCAACCACUGCAGCUGGCGUGGCUGUGGGCUCUGCUGUGGGGCACACACUGGGCCACACCAUUACUGGGGGCUUCAGAGGAGGAAGUGAUCCUGAGCAUGCGAGGCCUGACAUCACUUACCAGGAGCCUCAGGGAACCCAGCUGGCACAGCAGCAGCACCCUUGCUUCUAUGAGAUCAAACAGUUCUUGGAGUGUGCCCAGAACCAGGGUGACAUCAAGCUCUGUGGGGGUUUCAGUGAGGUGCUGAAACAGUGCCGACUUGCAAACGGAUUGGCCUAA